AUGAAUCUUGAUGAAAAUCCAGAAGAUUUACUUGAAGUGAAGUCCAUUUUGACAAUUUUGGGUUUUAAGACAAAAAUAUCUGUCGCUGGAAUUACUAGCAAAAACAUUGAAAAAUUGGAAAAUGAUUUCACAAAGAUACGGUCUAAUAAAGAGGUAUUUUUGCGCUAUCCAGCGCUGAAAACUGUUGAAUAUUUCACGCCUGGAGUCAAGGCAAUGAUUCUAGAAGUGGCUUCGCGAUUAAAGCCAGUACCUUCGGUAUUGGAAUUGGAGAAAAUGGUCAAAUCAAAAAUUCUACGUCAAGCGAAAAAGAAUUGUACACGUUUGAAUGAAAACAAUAUAAUUGUCGACGUCACAUCUACGUCGAUAGUCUGCAAAAUAUUGUGUCCAUAUUGCAGUCAUGUUCAAACACUAGCAAGAACAACAGGAAAAAACAACUUUUCCGUUUAUAAUUUUAAUCGUCAUGUCACAAACCACAACAAAACUGAUUUGAUUUCCCAACUGGAAGCUUCCGUCGCUACUGAAUCUGAUUCUGGAAUUGCCGACAGCUCAAAUGCUGAAAUUAUUUCUGAUUAUUCUACGCAAAAUGUUCAGCAAACGGUCAACAGCCAAAACGAAGCACUUAUCAAUGAAAUUCAGACAUUGAAGGCACUUUUGGACGAAAAAGAGGAAGAAUUUGUUACUCUUCGAAAUGCAAAUGAUAAAUUUCAGGCGCUUGAUAUGAAAUUUGCUGAAAUAAACACUCAAAAUCAAAAACUCAUCAAUGAGCUCAAAGUUCAAUUAAAUGAAAAAGAUGAUAAAAUUGCUGUACUCGAAAAAGAUCUUUCUAUUAUUCGCACUGAAAUUCUUACACAUAAUUUGGAUGGCAUUAAAAUCGACGAGGCUCAGAAUGGAAAAAUGCGUAAAUUGGAAAAUGAUUUGUUGGAAAAAGAUAAACUUGUUUCUAAACUUGAAAAAGAGCUCAACUUGUUCCGUUCAAAAAAACUAUCGAAUGCUUCGAUAUCGGCAUAUCUAUGUUGUUUUGAGACGAUUGAUUCAUCCAAAGGCAUCAUAUUUGAUGAAAAUUCUGUUCAAUUUAACGUUUGUAUUUUCAAUCAUGGCACAACAGGAAGUGGCAAAUCGUUUACAAUGUUUGGCGCCAGAAACGAAAAUGGAUUGCUCAGUCGAUCAAUUGGCUUUAUUUUAACUUCAAAAAGAAUUCAUGUUUCAUUUGUUGAAAUAAUUGGUAGCCAUUUGUACGAUAUAACCAAUGGAACAAAAGUCAGAAUCAAUCGGAUUGAACAACAAGAAAAAAAAGUGAUUGUUUCAAGAAGUGAAUUUAAUUCGUUAUUGUCAAAAAUGUUGAAACUACGGGUGCAAAAACCAACGAACCAGAAUUCAACGUCAUCAAGAUCUCACCUGCUAGUAAAUGUGUGGUUGGAAGAUGAUAAUGGAUUGUCAAAGCUUGCAUUCGUUGAUUUAGCCGGAUGGGAAAGUCCAGAUGGCAAAG